AUGAUUCAGCUUGCUCAUCUUCACUGUUCGGGUAGUCGGCGGAAUGCGGCAGUUCGUCUCAACGCUCUUUUCGCAAGUUUGAAAGUACUUACAUCAGUUACUGGCUUCCUAAUGGAGAAGGGUAGAUCGCCAUCUUGGAAGAAUCCUCGUGAAAGACUCAAAAAACACUUGCGAAGGACAAGUAGUGCUCGGUCACUGGUUGGACCCCAUGCUAGCGCUGUAAAGAAUUUGGAUUUUGAUGACGUUCCUCACGAGGUGUUGCCGUCACCGUCAAGCAGAAGAAAUCCGUUCAAGCGUUCUCCGCUCAAAAAGCGACGUAAACUUGCUGAAGAAAACUGCGCUACUGUAAACGUGCCUAUCGUGUGGGAUGACACGAAUGCCAAUGAUCCGUUUUCGAACGAAAAGCUUCUUCACAUACACAGUGCAUCUUCUUCUCGAACGAUCGAGAACGGCUUUUUCAAGGAAUCGUUUGCUACGGAUUUCUCCGAUAUUUUCCUCAAUGAAGCUUCCACUUCUCGUCCAAAGGAGGAGGCACAAUGUUGCAAAAGUAUUCCUUUGGAUUUGCGUCUUGGCACAAAGUUGAGAAUAACCUCCAAGAAGCCGUUUCCAUGGAUAAGAGAUCCAAAAUCUUCAGGAGUUGUUAGUGUUCGCGUAACAGGGCAAGAACGUCAUGAUGGCCUACGUUGUUUCAUGAAUAGCGUUGCAAACGAGUUCGCCUCACCUUCGAACGUGGAUAUUCCGUCCAACAUAUCAGCUAUGGCUGUUUUGGAGUCAGCAUGUUUAUCUUGGCAAUUUCCAUGUUUUCCAUGGUUGCCGACCUAUCCGCGAGCUGAUUCGUUGACUAAUACGAGCUCUGCUGUUAUGCAAGAACCUCUACCAAAACAGUGUUUAGACGCUCUCGACAUGCAGUGGACAGAAUGCUUCGAUCAACUGUUCCUGUCUUGGAAAAAGGGCGAUCGAAAAAGCUUCUACAUGUCAUGCUCCUCCUUCACUGUUUUAUUUACGAAAGUCAACUACGGUGAUGAGAUAACGGCCACGGAAGAUUCUUCAUCAUGUUUUCAGACUUGUGGCGGUCUGCGACAUGUCGCUAUCGUCACACCUAGCACCAUUGGAUUUCGUCAGUAUCUGAGAAGUGAAGGUAUUGAGUACGAAGUAAUAAGUAAGAAGACAAAGCGGAACUCAAAAACGUUCACUUCUUUGCUAGCUUCUGACGAUUCAAAGUCAACAUUUGACUUCUCUGGCAUGACUGAAAGCCAACCCCCACUUUUCUCCUAUGAGACGAGCACAAAAGCAGAUUCCAGCUUCAACGAAAAUAAAGAGAAUAAACUAAAUACUGGGAUAUCGUCAUCUGAUGAAAGUCCGAAUAAAGCAGAUAUAUCAGGGGAUCAUGACUGGCUGGAAGAGAUCGACAUCUCUCCAAAAAAAGCAUCAAAGUUGAAGAGAUACAAGUCUUUGGGCUCUAUGGCCAAUUUAUCAAACGAUGCAUCUUUCGCCAAACCAGAUGUUAUUGAUGCUGUAGCUGUGCUCGUCAAGGGGUCCGACGUUCAAACGCUGUACAAUCUUCUACAAUCAUCGAGAGUGUGUAGAUCUAUAGCUGGGCCACAUGCAAAUAUUCCACCUACCCUCAUAUCGUCAUCCCCGUUCCUCUACUCUCAGCUUCAGACAUUGAAGAAAUCAUCACAAAUUAUACGAAGAAAACAAUACGAGUACGUUUUGGAACUUGAUGGUGGCCCCAUAAUGCCCCAUACUAUACCUCUGAUUGUGGAGUUUCUCCGUAGGUCUGAAGUCUGUAGCGAUGAGCCAGCUACUUUACGAAUAAACGAUCGCGCGGUCUGUAAUGGCCUCAAUGACAUCGACUCUGAAUACUGUGACUGGAACGAAAUCCGUGUUGACAAGGAGAACAUCUGGUGGACAAAGCUGUGAUACGCCAUCUAUAUGAAUAUCAUCAGUCUAAUAUUGGUUGUACAGUUGUUAACGUGAUUAUGUUGCUAGGACAUCCAGCUACGGAAACAAAUUUAAGAAGUAAAAGAA